CUGAGCGGAGGCGAUUUCCCCAUGUGACAUAGAUUAAUUCAAAAUUCAGCAAAUGAGAAAGGGAUAAAGUGACAAUCAAACCACGGAAGAUUCCGUGAUAUCCGUGGCUAUAUAAACUUUGCAUCUUUGCUAGUUAACCCCACAUAAAAGACUAGCUAACCAAACAGUGACAACUCACAGAUAUUCGGAACUAUUAAAGCUAGGUGCGUUUUCCGAGAAGCUGUUUGCAUAUUUCAUUGCAAAUUGAACAGUGCCAUGGUUUUGGACUCAAAUGCAACGAAUUUAGCCUUGUUCGGAAACUCUACAAAUUCUUCAGAAUCGCAUAGGUUUGCGCCAUGGCCAAUGUUCGAAACAGCCAGAAUGAUUAUACUUGCGUUACAGAUUGUUGUCUUUCUGGUGGGAACUGUCGGAAAUGUUCUCGUGUGCAUCAUUGCGUCGCGAAAGAGAAACUUGAAGAUCGUUGGCAAUCGUUUCAUUCUAAAUUUGGCCCUCGCUGAUUUGGGUGUUCUUUUUAUAUCCUUCCCUAUGUGGAUCAGCAAGGAAUUCGGUAUCUCUUGGCCUUUUGGAGAGUUUCUUUGCAAAACAUUCCAGCCGUUCACGGAUAUUUUCUAUGGCGUUGGAAUCGGAUGCAUUACGGCCAUUGCACUCCAUCGUUACAGAAUGCUGGUUCACUGUAUGAAACCGCAAAUGAAUGUGCAAAAAGCUAAGCGAGUACUGUUUUUUAUCUGGCUUCUCUCAUUCUUCAUCGUUGUAAUGCCGUUAUUUUUCGUCAUGGAGCUGAGAAAAAAGCCGUUCACAGGAAAACAAUACUGUGAGCCGUCAUGGCCCACGAAGUUAGCGCAACAGAUGUACCACACAACGAUCGCAAUUUCUUUCUACUUCGCCCCUCUGGUUAUUAUCUCGCUGACGUACAUUCGUAUCCGAACCAAGCUGAAAGAUAGCAUUCGCAAACACGACAGCUACCGUCGCUCAAGCUUUAAAGCCGAUGAAACUAUGUCUCGUAAAGAGACUGCUUCUAGGAUUAUGCAAAACCGUCGGGCAUUGCGUCUUCUGGCUCCUGUUGUCGUCGUAUUUGCUGUUUGCAUGGCACCCUUCAUCUUUCUGCAUUUGGUCGCAUCAUUUAUCAGAAUAAAAGGCUCUAUACACACUGCGAUUGCUUUCCGUUUCUUCGCUCUUUUAUUGGUUACCAACGCUUCUGCUAACCCCAUUAUCUACUCUGUCAUGAACUCGGAUUUUCGUCGCGAUUUUAAGCAACUCUUGCGUUGUAAUACGGACGGAUGUUGCACAGAUACUACAGAAGGACUCAGUCUGGCAACAUUUCGACGGAGUUCGUCUUCUUUCGGUAGGCGCAGCGCCAAAGAACGAAAAAGAAGUUCCUUUCUCAUCGAAAGAAGAAGAAAUUCAUUUUCCAGUCUUAAGAAAAGCUCCAGGAAUUCCUGCGAGAAACUUCAAGCUAAAACAAACGGUGGAUUAACGGAAGGAAAGCAUAAUAAACGAGUAGAUGGAUAGUGGGUCGAUAAUAGGCUUUGGCGAACGCUUAAACAAGUCCUGUUACGAUGAGCAAAACUGUUCCACUGCUGCCUCUUCAUAGCCGUGACUUUUUUUUUUUUAGUCAGUCAAAUUGUAUAUUCUUAGCCUUUUAUAGUUUGUUUUCAUAUUUUAUUUUGCUUAGUUCUAUUGUAUAGCGCAUUAGAUCAUAUCCACUUGUAUUUUGCGCUAUGUAAGUAAUAAUUUUAUAUUUUUAUUUUAUAUUUUAUAUAUCCAGUCCAGAGUUAAAAGGUAACGGAGAGAAGUUCUUUGUGCUCUUCGGUGCACAACAGAAAUGUCCAAGAAAAAUGGGUGUAAGGUAAUCAAGCGUUGGGUUGCAGAAUGCUUCUGUUAGAGUUAGUACCUACUUCACUCCGGCUUAAUCUAGCCAACAAAAGGGAGCUCCAGCUCGAAAAAGUAUUAGAAUCUAGAGUUAGGAACAAAUCCCUGAGUUAAUCCAGCUUUUUUAAACUGACUGUGUAGCUUAAAUACUUUGUAUCAUGGAUCUACAUCAAUAUUUUACUAACAUUUCCAAGCGUUAGCAAUUGGCGCCGUAAGUUAUAAAUACAAUCUAUUUUAAAUCAAAAUAUGCAACGAGGAUUUUUAUUUUAAGUGUCCUUGCAAUCUUCCCAAUAUUCGAAGUGUUUACGACCUCUCGAAUUGAUUGUGUAUCCGCUUUGUGUUUAGAGGCUCGCCACAGCUAGUUUCAGGUGAUGCUUUCUUCAUUCCACAAUAAAUUAACGUCAGGAAAAAGCCAAAAUUCAAAGGUUGCUCUUUGAACCGGAUCAAGCGAGCCACUUCCGUUUACACUGAGUUUUUUCAGUUUUAAAUUUGAGGUGGUAAGUUUUC